CGAAAGUAAUUAAUAAUAGUAUAAAAAUAAAAUGAGAAAUACAAAUACCGGAAAAAGAAAGAAGAAGAAGAAGAAAGCUAACGACUCCAUUAAAGGUUCUGGAACCAUCGAACCCGACGAUAUCAGCUUCCACUGCCGCCGUCGCAAUCCGCCGGAAAAAAUGUGUUUGGUGUAUUGGAGAUAUUGAGUGGAGUUUGUAGUAGCAAGAUGGGGAGUAUAACCGAUGCGACGAUACUGCACCAUGUGUGCAUUGUUUUCGCGUCGCUGUGGUUUCUGAAUUAUCUCAACUAUUGCAGUCCGGUGGCGUAUUUCCUCGCUUUCAUCUAUCUGUAUCUCGUUCACGACGGGUAUGUUGUUAAAUUGAGGAAGAAACUGCAGUUUGAGGAGAGCAGAGACGCCAAUCAACGAAGGGUGCUUGUGGAUUCAGAGAGUGUCAGAUGGUUGAACCUUGCUAUUGAGAAGAUCUGGUCCAUCUGUAUGGAAGAAAUUGUUUCUCAGAAAAUACUUCUUCCUAUUGUCCCAUGGUUCCUCAAAAAAUAUAAACCAUGGACAGCGAAAGAUAUUGACGUUCAGCAUCUGUAUUUGGGAAGAUCCCCGCCUAUAUUUACUGAAAUGAGGGUUCGUCAUAAUGUAGCUGGGGACGAUCAUUUGGUUUUGGAACUGGGAAUGAACUUUCGUACAGCAGAUGACAUGAGCGCCAUACUUGGUGUGAAACUGAGGAGAAGAUUGGGUUUCGGAAUGUUGGCCAAGUUGCAUUUGUUGGGAAUGCAUAUUGAAGGGAAGGUGUUGGUGGGGAUAAAAUUUCUUCGUGGAUGGCCAUUCAUUGGUCGCCUGCGUGUAUGCUUUGCUGGGCCUCCAUAUUUUCAGAUGACUGUGAAACCCAUAUUCACUCAUGGCCUUGAUGUAACAGAACUUCCUGGGAUUGCUGGCUGGAUUGACAAUCUACUCGCCCUUGUCUUUGAGCAAACGCUGGUUGAGCCUAAUAUGUUGGUUGUUGAUGUAGAGAAAUUUGUCUCACCCCAACCAGGAGAAAGCUGGUUCUCUGUUGAUGCAAAAGAGCCUAUCGCUCAUGCAGUCGUGGAAGUUCUAGAAGCUGCUGAUAUGAAGCCAUCAGACAUGAACGGACUGGCUGAUCCAUAUGUGAAGGGAAAACUUGGACCUUACAGAUUUCGAAGUAAGACUAAGAAGAAAACUCUGGCUCCAAAAUGGCGUGAGGAAUUCAAAAUUCCUAUUUGCACAUGGGAUACGCUAAACAUGCUCAUGAUAGAAGUGCACGACAAGGAUCAUAUAUUUGAUGACAAGUUAGGAGAUUGCUGCGUAAACGUCAAUGAGCUUAGGGAUGGCCAGAGGCAUGACAUGUGGUUGCCUCUCCAGAAUAUAAAAACAGGAAGAUUGCAUCUUGCAGUAACCGUUUUGGAAGAGAAUGGAGAGAAACAGGGUGCAUUGUCUACUACAGAAGUCAAUGGCGACCACAAAGAAAUCCCCUUUGAAGCUGACUCUUCCCAGAAGGACUACAAGGGUGAUCUUUCUCAGGGAGGCUCUUUCUCGUCGAGGACAUCUGAGAAAUCCCCAAAAGUUGCGGAUAAGUUUGAGCCAAUCAACAUUGAAGGCCAAACUGAAACUGGCAUUUGGAUCCACCACCCGGGAAGUGAGGUGGUCCAAGUUUGGCAACCAAGAAAAGGGAAGAACCGGCAUCUUGAUAGUCAUAAACUUGUCGGGCAAGUUCAGGUCGAUGUUGCUGAUUCACAAGGAAGCUUUAAGUCAAAAGGCGCAGGCUCAGGUCCAAUUGACGGCAGCAGCACCGACGAAAGUACAGAAUCUACUAAAUCCAACUCAAAGAAUUCAUUCCGGAGGGGGUUGAGCAAGAUUGGUUCGAUGUUCCACAGGAGUCCUCGGGAUAAAGACAAACCAACCUCUCCUAGGGAGGAGGAGCUCGAGCCUUCUCCACGUGAUAAUAUCCUGGCAUCAGACGACAAGGAAGUUGGCGUCAAGUUGAUACUAGACAGUGACCUUAUUUCUCCAUCUUCAAAGCCUUCGAAAGAUUGCAAGAAAGACCCGGAUGCCCCACACAAUGAGGACACAAAACCACCUGGAAAUUCUGCCGGUGGCUUGAGAUCUACAUUCUCUCGGAAAGUAUCAAGAAGUGUGUCCAAGGCUGAGCCCCGAUCAUUGGCAACACACAAUGAUGGAGUGUCGGAGUCCUCUGAUGAUGACGAGACUCUUCCAUCACCCACAUAUGGUCUGCUAAUUCCGGGUUCCCCGGUGUCUGCUUUCGUCCCUGGUUCUGGCAACAACUCUUCAAAGUCUCUUGACAACAACCAGACCUCGCCACUCGAAUAAACCAAUCAAUCACCUGUAAGUUCUAUUUAUAUUUUUUAUUGGUUCCGAUUCAAAGCUUUAAUUUGUGGGUUAGAUAGGGCAUGAGUAUAUAUAUAUAUGCACUUAUUCUGUGCUCGAGUAUGCGGCCUGCAUGAUGAAUGUCUUUGUUGUUUUUGUGCACUAAGAUGAUAUGAGGUUUUUAGAUAUAGCCAUUUGCAUCGAAUAAUAAUCGGGCAGGGCGGCUCAGCUCAGGUGUUCAUUAGGUCAGUUUGGAGGUGUUUUUGUGCAACUUUAAGAUAAGAGCCUCCCCCUUGUGUUGGGUUAUUAGUUUAAUUUUGAGCAAUCUGAUAGAGUCAUGUAAAUGAAAUUGUUAAGCUCAUAUUAGGUUUUACAUACGUACUAUUUUUUAUGUAUGUAUGUAUGUAUGUUGUCAUC